CUUGUUACGAUUUAUGCAGCAGCAACAGAAAAUUCAUUAGUACAUAGACGAGUCAUCAUGCGUUCGCGCUAAGGUUUGGCCGAUGAUAAGCUAGGGAAUAGGUACCUGCAGGCUGAGGAAUCGCGACCCGCCGACCCGUCGCAAUUCAUCCUGGAGUAGUUCUGCCAUCUGCGGUAUCGGGCAAGGAUGAUGAGUCACUGCUGUCAUAUCUAAUUCCAUCACAGUACUUAAAACACACGGCCUUUGUGUAGCAUCCGCAAUCAACAUCAGCAUGGGACACCAAACCAACCACGCGAACCUGUCUGCUCGAGGAAGCAGGUUGAUCGUGGAAGCCGGGCACUCUGGUUUUCACAAUGUAACAGGCGACAUCUAUCGACCGGGAGAGAACCCUGGAGGGAUCCUGAGCCUGGGGCUCGCAGAAAAUACACUGAUGCACGACGAGCUGAUCGAGUUCAUCAACAAGUCGUUCGAAUUGUCGAGCUUCAAUCUUACGUACGGAGACGGCUCACAUGGAUCGAAACGCCUCCGGGCAGCUAUCUCACGUUUCGUGAACCGCCAUUUCCAUCCCUACCUACCAGUCAAGAGCGACCACAUCCGUGCCUGUGUCGGAGUCUCCUGUGCAUCCGAACUAUUAGCAUUGACGCUCGCAAACGAAGAAGACGGGUUCCUCAUUGGCCGGCCUCACUACGGAGCUUUCAUCGGCGACUUCUGGGCCAAGGCAAAGGUGAGGACGGUUGGAGUUGCGUUUGGGACGACAGACCCGUUUAGUUUUGAAGCGGUUGCCAAGUAUGAGGAAAAGCUACUCCGGUCCAACGAAGAUGGCGUUCCUAUCAAAGCGCUCGUGCUUUGCACGCCGAACAAUCCGCUGGGCCAAUGCUAUUCUCGAGAAGUGAUCAUUGCUCUGAUGAAGCUGUGCCAAAAGCACAGAAUCCACCUCAUCAGCGACGAGAUCUACGCGCUUUCCGUGUGGGAGAACGAAGAGGCGCCGAGCGCAGCGGCCUUCACGUCUGUUCUGUCAAUCGACACGGCUGACAUCAUCGACCCUUCUCUCGUGCACGUCAUGUGGGGGAUGAGCAAGGAUUUCGGAGCCAACGGGCUGCGCCUCGGCUGUGUCAUCGACCAGCACAACCCCGAGCUGCGCGAGGCGCUCCGCCAAAUCUCUCUGGCCAGCUUCCCUCCGGCUCCCUCCGACACCAUCGCCGCCACGAUUCUCGAGAACGACUGCUUCACCGAUGCCUACAUCUGUCAGAACCAGGCUAGGCUGGCCGAGAGCUACGUUUACGCUAGAAACUGGCUGACGGAGCAGCGCAUCACGUACGCGCCGGGUAGCAAUUCCGGCUUCUUCCUCUGGGUCAAUUUGGGCGCGGCCGUAUCCAAGGCCGACGAGGAUUACGACCAUGACCUGUUGAAGAAUUUGUUUACUACGGAGAAAUUGCUCGUUGCCGACGCGUUGGGCUUUGCUGGGGAGGAAGUGGGUUGGUUCCGCAUCAUCUUCACGCAUCCCAAGGAAUAUAUGGACUUGUGUUUUGGGCGGAUGGAGAAAGUUCUACAGGCAUACCGGAGUGCUCGGGAUGGCACAGCUUAGGUAGUAGGUUUAAAAACGAUGAAAGUUCUCAAAUCAUAU